AUGGCUUCAAUGGUGGCUUCCAGGAGGAUCCAGCUGGCGCGCGCCAUGGAGAAGCUCCUGGCCGCGCGGUCCGCCCCGGGCACCGGCCCUGUCCUCAGGCCCGUGGCCGUCGCCGGCGGCCUCCGCGGGUACAACUCCGGCGCGCCCCUCCGCCGCUACGAGAGGGAGGAGUCGGAGGACGACGCCCGCCGCGGCGCCGCGCGCGACGUCGCCGUGCCCGGAUUCUUCUCAGGUAACGUGUUCCGCGACCCGUUCAGCGCGCCGCAGAGCCUGGUCCGGCUGCUGAGCCUGAUGGACGACGUGGCGUCGCCGGUGUCGCCGGUGUCGCGCGCGGUGGCGCCGCCGCGGCGCGGGUGGAGCGCCAAGGAGGACGAGGAGGCGCUGCACCUGAGGGUGGACAUGCCGGGGCUGGGGAAGGAGCACGUCAAGGUGUGGGCGGAGCAGAACAGCCUGGUGAUCAAGGGCGAGGGCGACAAGGACUCCGUGGAGGAGGACGGCGCCGCCGCGCCGAGGUACAGCGGCCGCGUCGACCUCGCCGGGGACGUGUACCGGAUGGACCAGAUCAAGGCCGAGAUGAAGAACGGCGUGCUCAGGGUGGUCGUGCCCAAGGUGAAGGAGGAGCAGCGCAGGGACGUCUUCCAGGUCAACGUGGACUAGGGGAGAAAUUCUUCCAGAGUUUUCGUGUCACGAAAUCGCAGAUCACCUCGUGUUAGCCAGCACUGUCCAAUAAACAGGUUCUCUUGAAGAGUGUUUUCGUGUGGUAAUUUCGUGUUCGAUGCGAUGGUUUCUGAAAUACUUGUACGAGUACGAAUCAAUAGAAGCAUCAAUCUUGUUUUUUA